CAUGACCAUAUCAAUCUUUCCCAGGAAAUAGAAGUCAUCCGUCGCUCUGGCGUAUCACACUUUCUACUGUAUCUCAAGCUGCAAAAAAGCGUCGAAUCGUUAUAAUCUCCAUACUCCCUCUUGGCGUCGAUGAGAUGAACUUUUACAAAUCUGCAGCUUCGGUCAUUGAUCAUUUGGACAAACACCAAGGUUCUGUCAAAGGUUCUCUCGUCGCCGCAGGUCUUAAACUUUCGCCUCCAGAGACGAAAAGGGUCUUAGCUCUGGUCAUAGAGACUCUCAAAUACCGGCCUGUGCUCAUCCAACUCCUUGACAUCGUUCCUCUUCUUUCCCUGGAACGUAUCACCUUUCCUAAAAAGACCCCACCUCGUACUCCCUCAUCUAGAUCUCUCAUCCUCGUGUUGCUCCAUGACCUACUCUUCUCAACAAAAUCACGAAUCGAGGCUUCUGACAAAUGGCCACCGAAGGAAGCCAUCCUCAAACACAAAUCCCGUUUUCAUUCCGAACUCGUGAAGCUUCAAAUCCGCGAAGGAAAGCAGCGAAAAGAAGAUCUCGCACGAUCGUCACAAGGAGGUGAAGCUCGAUAUGUGAGAUGGAACCCGAACAUCGAUCUCUCCCGUCCUGAGGACUGGUCCCUUGACGCCCUUUUCCGUCAUUUGAAGGAGAAAUAUGGUUUUGAGAACGUCGAGGAGACUUGGCCGAUACCCAGUGGAAAAUUCUUCAUGGACCCACACUUACCGGACUGUCUCCUCGUCUUCCCACCGGGCACCAACUGGUGGAUAGAAGAUGAGUGGUACGCCUCUGGAGCGGUUAUAUUACAGGACAAAGCAUCGUGUUUCCCUGCAAAGGUGCUAAUGCACGGAUGGCGAGAUGGCGAAGGUGAAUGUCUUGACGCGACCGCCGCUCCUGGCAACAAGACUUCGCAUCUUGCGGCUUUGAUGGGUAACCGCAGUACGAUAUGGGCGUUUGAGAGGUCCAAAGGGCGAUUCAUAACAUUGGAGAAGAUGUUGGCGAAAGCGGGUUGUAACAAUGUGAAAGUGAGGAAUAGUGAUUUCUUGGAGUCGAAUCCACGUGAUGAGCAAUUUGCCAAGGUGACCCGAAUAUUACUCGACCCGAGUUGUUCAGGCUCAGGUAUCGUCAACCGUCUGGAUUACUUGGUUGAAGCCGAGGUGGACGAGUCGGGUCAGGCGGAAAGACUGGAUAAAUUGGCCGCGUUUCAAUUGCAAAUGAUUCUGCAUGCCUUCCAAUUCCCUGCGGCGAGGAGGAUCGUGUACUCGACUUGUUCGAUACAUGCUGAAGAGGACGAACAAGUUGCCCGCGCUGCGCUGCAAAGCUCUGAUGCCCAAGCUGCCGGCUGGAAAUUAGCCCCUCGCGCAGAAGUUCUUCCCGCUUGGUCGCGUAGAGGACGGGCUGAGGAAUUAGGCGGGGAGGAGACUCUCGCUGAGAGUGUUAUUCGCUGUCUUCCCGACCAAGACAAGACCAACGGUUUCUUCGUCGCUUGUUUCGUCCGGAACUCGUCGCCCAUCCUGAAGUCCUCCGCCAAACGGUCGGUCGAGGAGAUGCAAGAGGAGGACGCUGCCUUUCAAUCUGACCUCGAGCUUGAGGAAGGACUGAAGUCAAAGAUCAAGACACAAGCUCAGCAGGAGAGAGCGAGGCGAAAGAAACAGAGCCAGAAAAAGCGACGUAAGACCGAAUCUACGUCGGGAUGA